ACGACGGUGAAUCCAGCUCCCGCUACUUCUCUAGUGUUUUUCACACUUCACAGACUCUAAUUCUAUCCAUUGUUAGAUUCGAACAUGGACGAUAGCUUGUACGAUGAGUUCGGAAACUACAUCGGGCCGGAAAUUGAGUCCGACCAAGACUCUGACAGAGAAGAAGAAGACGACGCCGAGGAACCCGAGGAAGCCGCCGCAUCGGACGGCGAGGGUCCGAGCAACGGAUGGAUGACAACCACCUCGAACGACGUGGAAAUGUUGGACAACCAGGUGGUUUUGGCGGAGGACAAGAAGUACUACCCAACCGCGGAAGAGGUUUACGGCGAAGACGUGGAAACCCUAGUGAUGGACGAAGACGAACAACCACUGGAACAACCGAUCAUAAAGCCGGUGAGGAACAUAAAGUUCGAGGUUGGCGUGAAGGACUCUUCGACCUACGUGUCAUCGCAGUUCCUGCUUGGGCUAAUGUCGAACCCUAGCCUGGUGCGGAACGUUGCGCUGGUUGGGAACUUGCAGCAUGGGAAGACGGUGUUCAUGGAUAUGCUGGUUGAGCAGACCCACCACAUGUCCACUUUUGAUACCCAGAGCGAGAAACACAUGAGGUAUACUGAUACUAGGAUUGAUGAGCAAGAGAGGAGGAUAUCGAUUAAGGCUGUUCCUAUGUCCCUUGUGCUUGAGGAUAGCAAUUCUAAGUCGUAUUUGUGUAAUAUUAUGGACACACCUGGUCAUGUUAACUUCUCUGAUGAAAUGACUGCUGCUUUGAGGCUUGCAGAUGGUGCUGUCUUGAUUGUGGAUGCUGCUGAGGGAGUAAUGGUUAACACUGAGAGGGCAAUACGCCAUGCUAUCCAGGAGCGACUGCCUAUUGUCCUUGUGAUCAAUAAGGUUGACAGGCUCAUAACUGAACUUAAACUGCCCCCAAAGGAUGCUUAUCAUAAACUAAGGCAUACUUUGGAAGUCAUUAAUAACCAUAUAUCUGCUGCCUCCUCUAUUGCUGGCGAUGUCCAAGUUAUAGAUCCGGUUGCUGGAAAUGUUUGUUUUGCAAGUGCGACUGCUGGAUGGUCCUUUACGUUGCAAUCGUUUGCUAAACUAUAUGGGAAGCUACAUGGUAUUCCUUUGGAAGCUAAUAAAUUUGCUUCUCGUCUUUGGGGUGACUUCUAUUUUCAUCCAGAUACCAGAACUUUCAAAAAGAAACCCCCUGCCAGUGGAGGGGAACGAUCUUUUGUUGAGUUUGUGCUGGAGCCACUUUACAAGAUAUAUAGCCAAGUGAUUGGGGAACAUAAAAAGAGUGUUGAGACGACUCUUGCAGAACUUGGAGUCACUCUUAGUAAUGCAGCAUAUAGAUUGAACGUUAGACCGUUGCUAAGGCUGGCUUGUAGCUCAGUUUUUGGUCCAGCUUCAGGUUUCACUGAUAUGCUUGUUCAGCAUAUACCUUCACCCAAAGAUGCUGCAAUUAAGAAAGUUGAUCAUAUAUAUACUGGGCCUAAAGACUCGUCCAUUUACAAAGCCAUGGUACAGUGUGAUUCUUCUGGCCCCCUAAUGGUUAAUGUGACCAAAUUGUAUCCAAAAUCUGAUUGCAGCGUGUUUGAUGCUUUUGGUAGAGUUUAUAGUGGCAAGAUACAGACAGGACAGACUGUGCGUGUUCUAGGAGAAGGAUACUCACCGGAUGAUGAGGAAGACAUGACUGUAAAAGAAGUAACAAAGUUGUGGGUGUAUCAAGCUCGUGAUAGGAUGCCAAUAGCUGAGGCUCCUCCUGGUUCUUGGGUUCUAAUUGAAGGUGUGGAUGCUUCAAUCAUGAAAACUGCCACUCUUUGUAAUGUGGAUUAUGAUGAGGAUGUAUAUAUAUUCCGGCCUCUUCUGUUCAAUACUCUGUCAGUGGUAAAAACAGCUACUGAGCCAUUAAAUCCAAGUGAGUUGCCAAAAAUGGUGGAGGGCCUAAGGAAAAUCAGCAAGAGUUAUCCUCUAGCAGUUACGAAAGUUGAGGAGUCUGGGGAACACACUAUAUUAGGGACUGGUGAGCUGUACUUGGAUUCAAUUAUGAAAGACCUGAGAGAGCUCUAUUCUGAAGUAGAAGUCAAGGUAGCAGAUCCUGUUGUCUCAUUUUGUGAAACUGUUGUUGAAUCUUCAUCAAUGAAAUGUUUUGCUGAAACACCAAACAAGAAGAAUAAAAUAACUAUGAUUGCUGAGCCACUAGAAAGAGGCCUUGCAGAGGACAUAGAGAAUGGUGUUGUUAGCACGGAUUGGAAUAGAAAGAAGCUUGGGGAAUUUUUCCAGACCAAGUAUGACUGGGAUCUUCUUGCUGCACGGUCAAUAUGGGCAUUUGGCCCUGAUAAGCAGGGCCCCAAUAUUCUGUUAGAUGACACCCUUCCGACGGAAGUUGACAAGAAUCUGCUGAGUGCUGUGAAGGAUUCCAUUGUUCAGGGAUUUCAGUGGGGUGCACGAGAAGGACCUCUCUGUGAUGAGCCCAUCAGAAAUGUUAAGUUCAAGAUUGUUGACGCAAGGAUUGCUCCUGAACCACUUCAUCGGGGAUCUGGCCAGAUCAUUCCAACAGCACGACGAGUGGCCUAUUCAGCUUUCCUUAUGGCUACCCCUAGGCUUAUGGAACCAGUAUAUUACGUAGAGAUUCAAACACCAAUAGAUUGUGUAUCUGCGAUCUACACUGUGUUAUCCCGUAGGCGUGGACAUGUUACUGCUGAUGUUCCUCAACCAGGCACGCCGUCUUACAUUGUUAAGGCAUUUUUGCCAGUGAUAGAAUCUUUUGGUUUUGAGACGGACUUGAGAUACCAUACGCAAGGUCAAGCAUUUUGCCUUUCAGCUUUUGAUCAUUGGGCUAUUGUUCCCGGAGAUCCUCUGGACAAAAGCAUUGUUUUGCGCCCACUUGAACCAGCACCAAUCCAGCACCUUGCCCGUGAGUUUAUGGUAAAAACAAGGCGUAGGAAGGGAAUGAGUGAGGAUGUCAGCAUAAGUAAGUUCUUUGAUGAGGCUAUGAUGGUCGAGCUGGCACAGCAGGCAGCAGAUCUUCAUCAACAAAUGAUGUGAUUCUUUAUAGAAGCUUCUAUCCAAUUUGGUCUUCAUUUUUUAUUUUUCUUCAGAAGUUUGGGCCUUUGGGCUGUUCGAUUCAUAAACAAAUGAUAUGUGAUGCAAGCAAAAUUGUAAGUGUUUUGCUUUGCGAGUUGGCUUUUUUUUUUUUGAGUGUGCUCAAGGGUAUCCCCACCCCCUUUGGGGGUGAGACUCUAAUCCCAACCGUGCAUUGUCGGUCUCUUGCGGGGGUAGCAUUAUCCAAUCCGUUUUUUCCAUAUCCAGAGCUCGAACUCGAGACCACUGGUUAAGAGAACUCAGACACCUUCCAUCUGAGUCGACGGGUUUGGGUUGCUUUGCGAGUUGGCUUUGGCACAACUGUUUAAUGUACUGGUGCAAACACCUAUGCCAUUGAAGGUAUCACCAAUCCAGCGGGGGCAUCUUUUGUAUCUGUAAUUCUGUGUUGAAGGUAUCACUAAUUGUAGUAGUACUAAUAUUAUUCCCACCCCUCCCCAAAACAAUGAAAAUUG